GUCAAUCUGUAAGCCGGCUUUCACUAAAUACUUGCCGUUUCGAUUGUUUACAUGACCUUAGCGUAGUUUAUGUCAAGCCCUCAAACUUUCAAAUUUCCCUGUGGUUUGGAUUAGGGUAUAUACUGUAUGUGUCUGUAAGAUUGCAACACCAUACAGCACAUGACGUCCGUGGACCAUAAAAUCGAACAUAACACUGAUGAACUUUAAAUUGGAGGUGCAAUAUUCGGGCUGACCAUUCGCGUGUCAUACUGCUGUCGCCCUCGCUGUUUAUUUCUAUGAUACAGUUAUCAGCAUUUUGCCAAUCGUACUUAUUUAGCACUUUUAUCCAAACCGACUUACAAAUGAGAGCGCAUUAACAUUUUGUCAUAAUCACUUCAAACAAUGUUUCCUUUGUUUUUUCCAUAACGUAUAAACCUCAUGACCAUUUCUCAUAACAAAGCCUUGUCUUAGAAGAUAAAGUGUGAUAAUUUCAUCCUUUUACGCCUGCAAGUGUUGUUACGGCCAGAGGCACGACUGUUUUCUUUCUGGAAGUCUGAUCAACAGCAGGCAUGAUUAUGAGUGCUGAAGGCCGGAGCAGGGCUCACAGACCAGCCGCUACUCAAGACCAGCAACAUGGAUGAUUUGCGCACGCGGAUCUUUGGUUCAAACAACAGGCUGUUUGAAGAGACAGUUAGGAACAAAAUUGUAAACCUUACUGUUGGUGGACUCACAUCUUUAUUAGUCUUGUUAACUGUCAUCAGUUCUUUUGUUUUCCCCACACCUCCUCCCACUGCACUAAAUAUCUUCUUUGUGCUCUGCAUUAUCAUGAUCUGUUCAUCUAUUCUUGUGCUGAUAUUCUGGUAUCGGCAAGGAGAUCUGGAUCCCAAGUUCCGUGGUCUUAUUUAUUAUUCCAUAGGUUGCAUUAUUCUUCUGUGUCUGUGUGCUAAUCUAUACUUCCAUAAUGUUGGCAGAUGACCAUUAUUUGGAAUAGAUACACUGCUUGCACUAGACAACAUAACUCUGUUAAAACAUUAAUGAAGUAAUGAAUAGGCUAGAAAAGAGGCUCAGAUGUGUGCAUGGUUGAUUAAAUGUACAGAUCUAUAUGGUAUUAGUACAAUGUACAGUUUAGAUCCAAGAUCGCACCAUAAACCACUUAAAGGUGUAAAAAAAUAAUUUUUAAGAAGACCAAUGUUUGUGAUUAAUUUCUACAUAUUUAAUGAAUAUGCAAAACCACAAUUACUGAACAUGCAAUAAACUGUAAUCUGAAAGAA